AUGUUUGAUUGCCUUUUCCCUUCCCUCUCUCUGUCUUUCUACCCCAUAACUGUACCCUCCCCAUCGUCAGUGCCGAAACCCUCCCCGUCGCCAGUGCCAACACCCUCCCCAUCGCCAGUGCCAACACCCUCCCCGUCGCCAGUGCCAACACCCUCCCCGUCGCCAGUGCCAACACCCUCCCCGUCCUCAGUGCCAACACCCUCCCCAUCGCCAGUGCCAACACCCUCCCCAUCGCCAGUGCCAACACCCUCCCGGUCGCCAGUGCCAACACCCUCCCCGUUGCUAGUGCCAACACCCUCCCCGUCGCCAGUGCCAACACCCUCCCCAUCGCUCAUGCCAACACCUCUACCCGUCGCCAGUGCCAACACCCUCCCCGUCACCAGUGCCAACACCCUCCCCAUCGCCAGUGCCAAAACCCUCCCCGUUGCAAGUGCCAACACCCUCCCCGUCGCCAGUGCCAACACCCUCCCCGUUGCCAGUGCCAACACCCUCCCCAUCGCCAGUGCCAACACCCUCCGCAUCGCCUGUGCCAACACCCUCCCCAUCGCCAAUGCUAACACCCUCCCCGUCGCCAGGGCCAACACCCUCCCCAUCGCCACUGCCAAACCCCUCUCCACCUCCUCCAACGUCAUCUCCCUGCCCCUUGAAUUAUCGGUCUUCUCUUUCACGUUCACCAUCUUUUAUCUCUUUGCAGUGAAGGAGAUGGCAAGCAAGCACCAUCCGCAUUUUGUGCGUCUGUUGGGCUAUUGCAUCGACAUCGACCUCUCCACACGACUCAUGGAGCAGAUCCUCGUUUACGAGUUCAUGCCCAACCACGACCUUGAGAGCUGGAUUGAUUCUGGUGUCUCCCAUCCUCUUUCACUUCGUCAAAGGCUUGACGUUCUGAUUGGAGUGGCAAAGGGGUUGCAGUAUCUUCAUGACUUCGGCAUUGUGCAUCGCGACAUCAAACCUGCCAACAUUCUCCUUGAUGCAAAGAUGCAGGCAUGUCAAUAUUGUUGCCAAGAUUGCAGACUUUGGGCUUGUGAAGCUUGUUUUGGCGUGGUGAUGCUGGUGGUUAUCACGGCGCGCAAGGCUGUCCAUGUAACAGAGGACAACCAGAUCAAUCUCAAACAAUGGGUGGCCUCGUUGGUGGACUCCGGUGCUGUAUUGGCAUUCAAGGACCCUCACUUGGACGCACAAGAUGACUUGGUGCUGCGCUGGGCUCGCCUUGCCCUCUCCUGCACCGCCAUGCCUGCAGCCUCCCGCCCCUCCAUGAAUCAAGUGCUUUGGGAGCUGGUGAAGUUGAAGCAGGAGGCGUCCGGAGCACACGAGGGCCAUGUGGGCGAGGCCAAAUCUCGCAUUGACAUGGAGCUUGGGAGCUCCAUUGGCUCCUCCAGCUUCAGCUGCUGA